ACAUGGCUAAAUCUAAGAGAUCUAAACGAUCCCGUAAAUCGAGUUCAGAUUCAAGCUCGGACUCAAGCUCGGACUCUGACUCUUCUAGUUCUUCCAGUACCUCUAGUUCUAGCUCCUCGGUCUUUCUUGACACCAAGCCCAAAAAGUUCGUUUUCAAAAAACGUAGUUCUGGCCGUCUCACUAAGUGGGUUGUAAAGGGAAUCCCCGAGAAGCAAGUGAAAGCGGCUAGAGAAGCAUUUAAGCCUUCGGUCGAGAAGCUGGACAAGAGAUACGACGCUUCCAACCUUUUUUCCAACCCUAGAUUGGACGAGACACUUUACGCGGCCCUCAAAUCGGUCAAAAAUUCCUCGGCCGCCGUCGCUAAUAUCGACCCGCAGGAAAAAGUGUAUAGAAGGCAGACUGACUUGAUUUUAGACAUGGCCAAACCACUCUUGUUUCUUGUUAACAAGAGUAAAUUCAAGAAGAAAUCUUCCGACGCUUUGGCCCUAAAAUCACUGACGAUGUUAUGGUGUCAUCUCUUCAAAGAUAUCUCCACCGCCCGACGGCUCAACAUCUUGUCGCAGGUUUACCCUAACCACGUCGGCCUUCUUUCUCGCUCUGCUGAGACGCUCCCCAUUGGCGGUGAAGAUCUCUUUGGCGACGCUUUCAUCAGGGAACUUUUGGCCCAAGUUCAGACUGCUGCACUGGUCAACAUCUCCGUCGCCCCUUCUGCUACAUCCACUCCUGUCAAACCCAGGCCCCAGCCACAAGCAGGUCCCAGCAAUCCUAAUUUUUCUCAACGGUAUCACGACAGCAACCGAAGAGGAUUCUACUACCAAGUGGAUGAUUCACCACAGCAUUGUGGUGAGUCAUCCACAAUGCUGAACAGCAGCUUAAGCAGUGACUUCACCUCUCCAGGUGGGCCAAUGACGGCAUCCACCCCGAUGGAUGAAUCCAUUUACAUGGAUUCAUUUGUCAGGACGGAUGAGUCCAUUUAUGUGGAUUCAUCCGUUAGGACAGAUGAAUCCAUUUACGUGGAUUCAUCCGUUAGGACAGAUGAAUCCAUUUACGUGGAUUCAUCCAUCAUGAUGAAUCCCUCUAUGGAUACGGAUGCAUCCACAUUGCCGUCUUCCAUUUAUGUGGAUUCAGACAGUGGCGAACCGGCACAAGUUGAGGGCAUGGAUGCCUCAACACAAGUGUCGGUUUCGUCACUGUCCACACCAGAUGUAAGCUCCGGAGAGUGGGACACUACUGAACCAUUGUCCCAGCCCCAAGCAACAAUUGAUGUGAGCUCCACAAUAGACGUGAGCUUGUGA